UACAUUGACGUUGGAUAAAAUUAGGAGUGAGAAAAACAAAUAAACCCAAAAAAGAAGAACAACAAAAAGGCAGAUAAUAAAGCCAACAAAAAUGGAAAAGAAGAAGAAAUUCUUCCCCAGAAUCCUCCUUCUUCUUCUUCAUUGAAGAAGAGGGAAGAAAACCCAGUUUUCUUUUGCCAGCAAAAAUUGUGUAUUAAGAAGGCGUAUGGAAGAAGAAUUUGCCAUGCUAAGGCAGCUUCUUACCCACUUUCAUGAACUCUCUCAAAUUUACGGCUAUAGUACGACACCGUUUCAACCUCAUCCUCUUCUCUUCUCACAAUCUUCCUCUUCAUCCAGAUGCUGUUUCCUUAAUCUUGAUGACAAUCUUGUGGAAGAAAACUGCAAUAGUGUCAUCAUGCCAGCUGAAAAACCCGGGAUUUUAGAAAUGGUCGAUCAUUUCAAGCCACCACCAACCAAGAAACCCCGGAAAGGACGAAAUCGUGGAAAGCAGUCUGAAUUCUCGAAUAAUUCAUCUGAUAACAUGAGUGAGGAACUAUGGAAGGAAUUUCCCGAGGACUUAUUUGAGGCGGUCAUUGCUAAGCUUCCCAUAGCUACAUUCUUCCGUUUCCGUACGGUGUGUCGGAAAUGGAAUGGUUUGCUUACUUCACGGAGUUUCUCAGAACACUGCAGUGAAGUGUCACAGUCCCAACCUUGGUUCUACACCAUAACUCAUGAAAAUGUGAACGCAGGUGCUAUUUAUGAUCCUUCUGCUAAAAAAUGGCGCCACCCCACCAUCCCUCAACUUCCUCCGAAGGUUAUCCUAUUGCCAGUUGCUUCAGUUGGGGGUCUUGUCUGCUUCCUCGAUAUAGGUCAUCGAUUGUUUUACAUAUGCAACCCUUUAACCCAGGUAUGGAAGGAGCUCCCUCCAAGAUCUGUCAAGGUUUGGUCCCGUGUUGCUGUUGGUAUGGUCCAAUAUGGAGAUUCAACCACAACCACACGUGGAUACAAGAUACUAUGGUUCGGCCGUGAUGGUGAGUACGAAAUUUACGACUCUCUGAAGAAUUCUUGGGAACGUCCGGGAAAUUUUCCCUCGGGAAUCAAGCUCCCACUUUCGUUGAAUUUUAGGUCAAACACGGUGUCUAUUGAUGCCACGAUCUACUUCUUGAGGUCCGAACCUGAGGGGGUUGUGUCCUAUGACGUGGUUAGUGGGAUUUGGAAGCAACACCUGAUCCCGAACCCGCCAAACUCGACCGACCACAACCUUGCAGAGUGUGGAGGCCGAAUCUUUCUGGUCGGGUUACUGACAAAGAACGCUGCCACUUGCGUUUGCAUAUGGGAGCUUCAGAAGAUGACGGUGUUGUGGAAGGAGGUUGACAGAAUGCCAAAUGUGUGGUGCUUAGAAUUUUACGGAAAGCACGUGCGGAUGACUUGUUUGGGCAACAAAGGUUUGCUCAUGCUGUCACUGCGGUCCCGACAGAUGAAUCGGAUCGUCACGUAUGAUGUGGCGAAACGGGAGUGGUUGAAGGUACCUGGUUGCGUUCUUCCGCGUGGGAGGAAACGGCAAUGGAUUGCUUGUGGAACUGCAUUUUACCCUUGCCUUACUGCUGUUCCCUGAUUGAUUGAUUGUUCUAAUUCUUUUCAUGUUGUCAGCUGCUUCAACAUCCGUUUGCAGAAACGCGUUGCUGCAGUUUACCGUUCCGUUUCCCGGCAGUCUGAAUAUGUCUUAUAGAACGCGUUGCUGCAGUUUACCAUUGCGUUGCUGCACAAGGUGGUUGCUGUAGUUUACCAUUCCGUUUCCCUGUAGUCUGAAUAUGUAAAAGAUUGUUGUUUUAUUUUGAUCAUUACAAAACUGAGAACCUGCCAAGCAAGCAUGUAUUGUUGUAGAACUUGUUGUAUCUGGGCAGACCUUUUACUGCUUAUUUUUCCA